AACAAACGCAGAGGGAGAAAGGCCAGAGGCUCGUCUCUCCUCCUCUCAUUCACACUAGUCAACGCUGUGGAGAGUUUGCAGGGAGGAGCUGCACUGCGCCUCCAACAGAAAGCGUGUUUUUUCCCAAAGUCCCGCAGUGACCGCGUUUCUGCACUUUGUCUUCAACAGGUUUUACUGUGAACAGCUUGUACAAUGGAGUCAUCUCUUGAGUUUUCCAGCUCCCUGGGCAGCGUGUCCUCACUGCGGACCCGCUGCAGGACCUUUAAAGUGCUGGUGAUUGGAGACUCCGGGGUGGGGAAGACCUGCCUCACACACCGGCUCUGCGCCGGACAGUUCCCCAGCAGAGUGGAGGCCACCAUUGGGGUGGACUUCCGUGAGAGGCUGCUGGAUAUUGAUGGAGAAAAAAUUAAGCUCCAGCUGUGGGACACGGCAGGACAGGAGCGCUUUCGUAAGUCCAUGGUGCAGCACUACUACCGCAACGUCCACGCCGUGCUCUUCAUUUACGACGUCACCUGCCCUGCCAGCUUCAGCGGCCUGAGUGCGUGGAUAGAAGAGUGCAGGCAGAACGCCAUUGGACAGGAAAUCCCCAGGUUCCUGGUGGGUAAUAAGAGUGACCUCCGUGACCCCAGCAGGACUGAAGGCCAGGUGAGCCAGGAGCGGGCGACGAGCUUCGCCAAGGCCCACGGCAUGAUGUUUUUUGAGACGUCCGCCAAGAACCCGCCAGUCAAACGUGCGAACGCACAGCGAGGUGGCAGGGAGGUUUCAUAUCAGCAGGAUAAGGUGGAGGACAUCGUCAUCGCCGUUGGUGCCAAACUGAAGCGACAGAAGAAACCUUCAGCCGCAAACGCUCUGACCUACAGCGGCUCCUUCAAAGUCCUGAGCAAGAAAAGACCAGAGAAAGAGCUGUGGACCUGCUGCUGAGAGAGAGACGGGGAGAGAUGAGACUGUGGGCCUUUUCAGAUGGAAGAAUGUGACUUUUUACUUCUUGGUGUGUGUGUGUGUGUGUGUGUGUGUGUGUGUGUGUGUGUGUGUGUGUGUGUGUGUGUGUGUGUUCAUUUUUGACCAAACGCAACAACUUUAACAGACCCCAACAGGCCUUUAAUAUUCAUAAAAAUGUGAGAUGUUCUACUUGGAAAUUUUUGUGUAUAUUUGUGAUCUUAUUGUUUACAAUAGUUACGAAAUAAAAAACUGUGAAUGUAAACACUGUUUGGUGGAGGCUGUGAUCCAGAUGACCUCUCAGUUCAGUGACGGUGUUUACUCUCAGCGUGUGUGGUCUCACUGUGGCUGUGCUUGUAUCUGGAGUCAGAUCUCUCUCAAGCUUUAGUUGUUGUAGUGUAAUGAUGCUAUUUGCUACAACAGGUAUCAGUGCACCACGAACCACCUGACUGGGUUUCCUCACUGAACAUGAGGCGUUCAGGUUUUGUUUGGUUUUUAGGCUCUUCAUGUUGCUGUGUACACAAGGAACUUAAAUGCAGCGUUUUUAAGGUUCAGCUGUACAGAACAUCACAGCAGUCAUGCACCGACCUUGUGCAUGAGCGACGUGGGCGUUGGAAAGUGCAUCACGUGUGUCGCAAUUCUCUGUCUAAACGAUGAUUCAGAGGUCGUCACAUGAUGAGGGAGAACCUCUUCUGCUCAGCGGCCUGCACAACAUGCCAGAGAUAUGUGCGGCUGAGCAUGUGUGAGAGUGCACAUGCGAGUGUCACAUUGGUGCAACAUUCACCGGCCCGGUGGCAGAUGUCUUUCUCUGCGCUCGGAGAGACGACAAGUGGAGGA